CUUCCCCGUUCCUUAGCUCCCACUUCCCAUCACCUACUCCGGCCGUCGUCCCUCCAGACCUUCACCUGCCUGCCUGACCCUGCCGUGAGCCCGCCUGCGACCCCGCUCCUGGACACCCGGGUCCCCUGCUUCUCCCACCGGUGCCCCGCGGCUCCCCUCCCGCUUGCUUGCUUCCCUCCCCCUCCUGGGCUCCGCUUCCCCGCUCCCGCUCCCUCCGUGUCUUUUCCUCUCCCCUCCCCGCGAAGUUUCAGGGCUGUCAGUCUGUCAGUCUUUCGGGCAGUCUGCACCCAAGCUGCGGGCAGCAGGCGCCAUUGAGAGUAGAGCCGGCGGGGGCUGGAGGCCAGGGCGCCGGGGCGCUGGGGUCCCGGCAGCAACGGGGAGACCUGGCUCGCCUCCCGCCAGGUACGGGCCGUGGAGGCGCCUAGCAGCCCGCGGCUCUACCCGCUCCCCCUGCCACACCGACACUCAGUCACUGCCCGCUCCGUGCAGGGUCUGUGGUCUGAUCCCCAGGAGGAGCUGCCCAGGGUUGUCAUGAGAGAGACCUUGGAGGCCCUCAGCAACCUGGGGGCUGAGGUUGAUACCGGGCAAGGCGACUGGGGAGCCUGGCUGUCCCUGUUCAUACUGGCUAGAGACCCUUCCUUCCAGAGCAGGAUUCUCUGUGGGACAGCCGGAGAUGGCCCCCCAAAGUGAGCCUGGGGAAGGGUCCCAUAAUGUGCAGGAACAGAUGUGCCCUCCCAGGGAAGAGAGAGCACAGGGCAUGUGUUCGGGGCACGAGACCCCCAGACCUGAAGAAGGCACCCACACCAAACAGGCUGAGGCUCCCUGCAGAGGAGGCCAGGCGCACACCCCACGGAAGGCUGAGCCAGUAGGCUCCAGCCCAGGGCACGAGUGGAUGAUUCGGAAGGUGAAGGUGGAGAAGGAAGAACAGGAGGCAGAAGAGGUCGAAUGGCCCCAGCAUCUGUCGUUACUCCCAGGCUCCUUUCCUGCGCCUGACCUGGGGUCUCUGGCCGCCGCCUAUAAGCUGGACCCGGGGACCCCAGGGACACUGGGUGGGCUCGCGCUGGCCAGCUGGGUCCCGGUCUCAGAGAAGCCCUACGGCUGCGGAGAGUGCGAGAGGCGAUUCCGGGACCAGCUGACCUUGCGGCUGCACCAGAGGCUGCACCGCGGCGAGGGGCCCUGCGCCUGUCCCGACUGCGGUCGCAGCUUCACGCAGCGCGCGCAUAUGCUGCUGCACCAGCGCAGCCACCGCGGCGAGCGACCGUUUCCUUGCUCCGAGUGCGACAAGCGCUUCAGCAAGAAGGCCCACCUGACUCGCCACCUGCGUACGCACACGGGCGAGCGGCCCUAUCCGUGCGCAGAGUGCGGCAAGCGCUUCAGCCAGAAGAUACACCUGGGGUCGCACCAGAAGACGCACACCGGCGAGCGGCCCUUCCCCUGCACCGAGUGCGAGAAGCGCUUUCGCAAAAAGACGCAUCUGAUCCGCCACCAGCGCAUCCACACGGGCGAGAGGCCCUACCAGUGCGGGCAGUGCACACGCAGCUUCACGCACAAGCAGCACUUGGUGCGGCACCAGAGGGUGCACGAGUUGGCCGGCCGCGUCCCGCCCUCUCCCGACGCCCCCACCUCGCCGGGUUCCCCCUCCGCGUCUCUGACCCCGUCCCCUCCGGGGCCUAAGCCUUUCGCCUGCUCCGACUGCGGCCUGAGCUUUGGCUGGAAGAAGAGCCUGGCCACGCACCAGCGCCUGCACCGCAGCGAGGGCCGGCCCUUUGGGUGCGACGAGUGCGCCCUGGGCCCUACCGUGGACCCUGCCGCUGCCGAGCCCUUGGCCUGUGUGCACCGCAACAUACCGGCGCCCCAGGGCGCUCCCACGAGCGAGAGGUCCUUCUUCUGCCCGGACUGCGGGCGUGGUUUCGCCCACGGGCAGCACCUGGCACGGCACCGGCGGGUGCACACCGGCGAACGGCCUUUCGCCUGCGCGCAGUGUGGCCGUCGUUUCGGCUCGCGGCCCAAUCUAGUCGCCCAUUCUAGGGCCCACAGCGGAGCCAGACCUUUCGCUUGUGCGCAGUGCGGUCGCCGCUUCAGCCGCAAGUCUCACCUCGGCCGCCACCAGGCAGUGCACACGGGCAGUCGGCCCCACGCCUGUGCCGUCUGCGCCCGCAGCUUCAGCUCCAAAACCAACCUGGUUCGCCACCAGGCCAUCCACACGGGCUCCCGUCCCUUCUCCUGCCCGCAGUGCGGCAAGAGCUUCAGCCGCAAGACCCACCUGGUGCGGCACCAGCGCAUUCACCGCGAAGGUGCCCCCCUCGCCUCCGAUGCAGACCUCCCGGCCCCAGCCUGGCCCACUCCCACCGAGGUGACAGGGCCCCCGCUCUUCCUCUGAGCUUCCUCAUCCGCACGCUUCCUUUGCCUUCGGUUGCUCCCUGGUUGGAGAGACCCAGGCCCAAGUAGGUGAGCUCUGUGGCCACCCCGAACUGCUGCACGGUGGCCGUAGCCCCUGGAAGCCAUUUUCCUUCCCUCGCCAUCUUGCUGGGGACAAGUCUGGAAAGGACAAUGAGCUUGGACAUUCUAUGACCAAGAUAAUGCUGAGUGAACCCUUGCUGGAAACAGUUCAGGCCUGAGCCCUUGGAAGCCUCCCGCCAGGAGAACCCACCAGAAAGCAGACAUAUCCUGGACCACCCCUAGCCAAGUUAGGAGCCUCUACAGGGGGAAGGAAACACUGGUUAUCUGUGUACUUACACUGUCAUUAAAUUAAAAUUGGAAGGUUCUGGGGCUGUUAAAUGAGUUGGGGGAGGGAACUCCUUCCUCUUCUCUAAUCUGCACACAGAGGACAAUUCCCUUCCAUCCUGGGUGAAUUCCACUUAGCAAUCGCUCUGCCAAACCAAAAUAUAAUAUAGCUAAUUGCCAAACCACGACCCUGCUCCCUGCUUCUAGCUCAGAAAUUUGAUGAGGAGGAAACAUUAGCCUGCAUUUCUCCUGCCAGGUGUUGAAGGCUGGAACUGUAGGGAAAGCAAAGAGAGGGGCAGGUGCCAUUUGGCCCUCCCCAAAGAGACUUGCCACCGAGGGUUCUGGGGCUCUAGUGCUUCUGCUUCUGUUUGAAGCUCUCCCAAGGGGAUCACAGAAGAGCCUUCUUUUCUGCUCACAACAGCCUGAAAACCUGAAAUUUUCUGGUAAAAUGCAGAUACUUGGGAGGGAGUAGGUAGCCUAAUGGAAUGGAUUCAUUUAUUAAUUAAUCCAUAGGUGAGGAUUUCCUAAGGGACCCCGAUUCACAGCAGGUAGGUCUCAUUAUUGGUGGGGGUGGGGAGGUGAGUGAAAGUCAUUUGAUGAUUCUCAGCUGGGGACACUGACCCCCAACUGGAGGGGGCUUCGACCUCACACCCACUUUUCCCUCCCCUGAGACCCCUACCUGCCUAUCUCUAGGGGUCUGCCAUCCCUCUUGCCAUCCCAUGUCCCAUCCGUUACUAUGAACUUCUUUUACGUGGUGAAGGUGCAUGAGCAUGCCCCGGGCUCCUGGCACAGGACUGGCACUCUGUACUUCUUUUUGGAAUGAAAUAAAUGCACGAGGUGUUGCCUGCCGGUUGAGGGGAGAUGCAGGAGAAGUAUUAUGUGGUCAGCAUGGAGAAAGGCUGAAGGGGGACAGUGGGAAAAGCCCACUUUGCUUGUUCUACAGUUUUGCCAAUGAGAAUGGUUUUCAACACAGUAGAAUCUCCUGGAAACUUAAAAAUAUACCAAUGGGUAUGUGCACUUUUCUGCACACUUACGUUUCAAUAGAGUAUAUGUGGCUAGAUAUAUAGAUGUAUAUAAUGCUUCAUAGGUAGAUAGAUAGGCAGACACCAAUGCUGGGCCCCACUGGAGACCAGUUGAAUUAGAAUCUGCAUAAAUGAAGCCUGAACCUGAUUUUUAAGCCUUUCUCCAGUGAUCCCCAUGUGCACGCAGGGAUGAGGGCCACUGCUAGGUGAUUGUCCUUCAGCACCUUAAAGGCCACGUCCAGGGCAUCACCAAAGCCUGAAAACUUGAAAUGGAGCGGAUGGAGUGUCCGAGACAUGCCAGGCAAACACAGCUGCUCCAGGACUAGGAAAGAAGAUGGUCCAGCCUGGGCUGCCUGUUGCCCCAGGUGUCAGGGUCUUAGCUCGCAGUUUCAAUGAGAGUCCAAGGGAUCUGUGAAAACUUGGCACCGUUUGAUACAUUUAUUCCAGCAGCCUCACUGUCCCGUGUCUCAAAUCCAGAUACAUGCGUCGUUCAGAUACUCGGUUCAUGUUUAUUGAACCCCUACUCUGUUCCUGACCCCAUGUUGGUGCAUAGAUACAAUACAUACCUGCCCGUAUUCGCAGAGCUUACAACUGGGGUGGGGAACAGACAUUCAACAAAAACCAUGCAAAUAAGUGUAGCCGGCUAGUAAUUUAAAAAAUAAUCAACGUUUUUCUUCCUCCCUGAACCACCUCAGGCUCCACAAAUGUACCUUGAAGGUGCAGCUUUCGGGAUGCUCUUGCUCUGCAUGUUUUAAGGCCCCACUUUGAAGCCAGUUACCCCAGUUCCAAGUGCACCUCAAUCCCCUACGGGCUGCGUGACCUCUCUGUGCUUGUUUCCUCAUUUGUAAAAUAAGGAUGGUAAUUACAAUACUAACAUCUAUCUAAAUUGUUAUAAGGGAUAAGGAUUGAGGGAAACGAUUAAGAAAAUUCUGAAGAGUUUUCUCCAUAUAAAUCUUUUCUGAUUUAUUCCUAGAUUCUGGGUUGUUUUGUUGUUGUUGUUACUAUACAUGAACAAUUUUAAUUUAAAACAUUUUCUUAAUUUUAAUAGUUUACCCAUAGAUUCCUUUCAAUUAUCUAUGUGUAUAGUCAUAUCCCUUGUAAUAAUCCUUUUGUUCCUUCUUUUUGGGUUUUCAUGACUUCUUUUUUCCUUGCCUUACUGUCCUGGUUAGAACCACUAUAAUGCUGAAUAACAUGAGAGUGGAUACUUCAGUAUGUCACCAUUGUCAUGUUUUCUCUAAGCUAUUUUUUUUUUUUUGUAGAUUAUCAAAUGAAGAAAUUUCCUCUCUCAUCCUAAUGUAGAGUAUUUAUGGAUGUUGGCUCUCAGCAAAUCAUCUUUCUGCACCUGCUGAGGUGCUCACAUGAUUUUCCUCCUUUAUUAUUGGGGUGGGUGACCACUAGAGUUUCGAAUGUUAAAACCAUCCUUGCAUCUUUGAGAUAAACCCAACAUGGUCAUGAUGUUUUCUUUGCUUUAUAAAUUGCUGGAGUGUUUGAUAAUAGUUGUUUAGGAUUUUUGCUUCUUGGCACAUUGGUUUUUGUGUGUUUUUUUUUGAGAUUAGGCUGUGAUAUUGUCAUCUUGUGUUGUCCUUCUCAACUUUUGGUUUCAAGGUUAUGUUAGUCUCAUAAAGUGAGUCAAAGAAUAUUGCCUAUUUUUGUGUUCUUUGGAGUAGUUUGUGUAUUACUGACAUGAUCUCCUUAAAUGCAAGCUAGAAUUUGCCUGUGAGGCCUUCUGGGUCAUAGUUUCCUUUGGGGGAAAAUGCUUGAUGCAGUGCAAUUUUUCAAAUGAUAAGGGGCUAUUCUAGGGUCUGUUUCUUGAGCCUGUUUUGUUAAGUUGUAUUCUUGUGGGAGUUGUAUAGUUUAACUGAAUUUUCCAUUUUUUUGGCAAAGUUGCUUGAAAUAUCUUUUCAUUUUCACAUGGUCCUGUAGCAGCAUCUGUAGUAAUGUCACCUUUUUCAUUCCUGAGAGUGGUUAUUUGUGCCUUCUUUCUUUUAUUGAUGAAUUAUACAAGCUGCUCAAUUUCAUUUUUGUUAAAAAAUUUUUGGCUUUCUUGAUCAUAUCUAAUAUAUGAAUGCUAUUUCCCUGAUUUCUGCUCUCUUUACAUGCCCUUAACGCUUUUUUGUUUUUUGUUUUUCUUUUUGGAUUUCCUUUGCAGUCUUGUUUGUACCUCCUUGUAAAUUCUUAGCCUUUCCCUUUUCACAUACUCAUUUAUGCCUAUACAUUUCUAAGUACUGAUUUAAUUUUAUCUUCCAAGUUUAGUAUGUGGUACUUUCUUAUAGUUUAUUUCAAAAUAUUUCUUAUUUCUUAAUUGACACAUGGAUUAUUUAGGAAUAUAUAUGUAUGUAAGAAUUUCUCAUUAUUUUCUAUUUGCCUCUAGCUUAAAAGCUAAAGUAUGGUCAGAGGAAUACUCUGUAUAAUUUCAAUACUUUUAAAUUUGUUUGGUCUUGCUCCAGGACUUACUAUAUGGUCAAUUUUGGUGACUGUUCUGUGUAUGCUGGAAGAGUACAUUUUGCAGCCCUGUUAAUUGACUUGUUCAAAUCUUUUACAUCCUUCCUGAUUUGUUCUAUCAAUUUCUGGAAAAGGUGUGCUAAAAUUUCCCAAAUAUGGUUGUAUAAUGUGGAUGCUUUUCCUUUUAGUUCUUUGUGGAGGCCGGUCAAGGGAAAAUGGAUGAUUAAAAACAAACUAAACCCCCAACACUGUCAAUACACCAAAG